AUGAACGCCCUUCGACAGCUCAACCGCGCUGCCGCUCCGGCGCUCAAGCAGGCCACCAAGUCGGGCCUUGUUCUGCCCAACGUGCCCCAGGUGCUUCGACCCGCCACCACACUCGCUGCUGGCACGCCCAAGAUCUCCAAGGGCCCCACCAAGUACGGCGGUGUGUACACGGUCACGCUCAUCCCCGGUGAUGGUGUCGGAGUCGAGAUCACGGACUCGGUCAAGGAGAUCUUCGAGGUUAUGAACGUCCCCGUCGAGUGGGAGCAGUUCAACGUUUCCGGCGAGACGCACGGUUCCGAGUCGCUGUUCAAGGAGGCCAUGGAGUCGCUCAAGCGCAACAAGGUCGGUCUGAAGGGUAUCCUCUUCACGCCCAUCGAGACGGGCUCGCACAACUCGUGGAACGUGGCCAUGCGCCAGCAGCUCGACAUCUACGCCUCGCUCGUCAUCUGCAAGUCGCUGCCCGGCUACCCCACCCGCCACAAGGACGUCGACUUUGCCAUCAUCCGUGAAAACACCGAGGGUGAGUACUCGGGUCUCGAGCACUCUUCCUACCCUGGUGUCGUCGAGUCGCUCAAGGUCUCGACGCGCGCCAAGGCCGAGCGCAUCUCGCGCUUCGCCUUCGACUUUGCGCUUAAGAACGGCCGCAAGAAGGUUACCUGUGUGCACAAGGCCAACAUCAUGAAGCUCGGUGACGGUCUCUUCCUCAACACGUUCCGCCGUGUCGCCGAGGAGUACAAGUCGAGCGGAAUCGAGUCCAACGACAUGAUCGUCGACAACACAUCGAUGCAGCUCGUCUCGCGCCCGCAGCAGUUCGACGUUAUGGUCAUGCCCAACUUGUACGGCAACAUUGUGUCCAACAUCGGCGCUGCGCUCGUCGGCGGUCCCGGUACCGUGCCCGGCUGCAACAUCGGCCGUGAGUUUGCGCUUUACGAGCCCGGCUGCCGUCACGUCGCCAAGGACAUCAUGGGCACCAACGCUGCCAACCCCGCCGCCAUGAUCCUGAGUGCCACCAUGAUGCUGCGCCACCUCGGCCUCGACACACAGGCCAACCAGAUCGCCGAGUCAGUUUACAAGGUCAUUGCUGACGGUAAGGUACGAACCGCCGACAUGGGCGGCAAGUCCAAGACGCACGAGUUCACCCAAGCUGUCCUGUCCAACCUCUGA